AUGCCAAUCAGCCAAUUCCAGAUGUUCAAAAUAAAUCACAUAAACAGAAGUGAGAACAAGCACGCAGAUGCGCUAAGCAAAUUAGCUGCUACCAGUUUCAUACACCUAGCUAAAGAGAUUCGGAUUACAUUACGAAUUAUCUCCGACAACGGCACCAAUUUCGCAUCAGAAGAUCUUCAAAAGUGGUUCAAGGAAAUGAAGAUCGAGCACAACUUUGCCUCUGUGGCGCACCCUCAAGCAAAUGGCCAAGUCGAGAGCGUCAAAAAACAGAUAGUUGAUGGUAUAAAAGCAAGGCUCGGAACAGCGCACAGAGGAUGGGUUGAUGAACUUCCUAUCAUUUUAUGGGCUCAUCGUACCAUGCCAAAGACUAGCAUAGGAGAAACCCCAUUCAGUCUUGUAUACGGAUCGGAGGCAGUAAUCCCAACCGAGAUCGGCCUUCCAUCACCGCGCGUGCUUGCCAUGGAAAAACAAAGCAAUGAGUAG